ACAACCUUAAGUCUCGACCACUUUCUCCCGAAACGGAUAAAGAAACCGUCGAGCCUUACUUACUUUCUCCCACUCAUUCAAUUCCGAUUCUCAGAACAGAAACGCCACAACCAAUUCUCGAACAAAAUGUUAAGGAUCGUAAUUUCAUUUCACAGGUGAUUGGUUUUAAUGACAACCAAAUACCAAAAGUGGAUAGCAUCUUUGAAGAAGGGAGUGAUAGUUGGAGGGCUUAUAAUUCCAUCAGAAAAUUGACUCAAAGGCAAAAAGAGAUUGAAGAAAAACAUUCGACGGAGAAAAGGAAUAUGCAAUUGGGUCAGCCAAAAAAUAAAGUUGCUUCUGCAGGGCCUAAUACUAACCUAGAAAGUACGCAGGUAUUUCGAUUGCUAAUGUCACAGAUGGGAUUACUUUCCUUGGAAAAUCGCCACAAGGUGAUACCGUUGCAAAUAACAGGAAGACUUAUUAAUGACCUUGAAAAAUUGGAUACAUUGAAUGAACGAGAUUGUUUGAGUACUUCGGUCUAUUAUGUAAAGUCUGGGAUCGAGGAUUACGAAUCCAUCAUAAAUCCUCCUUCAAUUAGCGAGGACUUUGAAAAGUUCCUGAAUAGUUUAGGAUGGCCUGUAUUAUUAGAUUCACACCCAGGUUACAAAGCAAAGUUAAAUUCAUCAUUUUGCGAAACGACACCAUAUUUUGCAGAUAGAACAACCGAAGUAAUAUUCAACAUUCCAUAUGUGAUUCACUUGCCAAAACCUGAAGCGCCUUUGGAAUCACUGUCAGCUUUAUUUAAGAAUAUAUCGGCUGAUGAUUUGGUUUCCGUUGUUUGGAUUGAGGAUAUUUUAUCAAUGCACAAUAUUCCUCCGAAAAUUGGACAAUCUGUAUUUGUAUAUAUAUUUGUUCAUCCUUUGCAGAAUGCUACUGGAUUGUAUUUGAUUCGAAUAGUUAUCCCUAUGCUUUCCCACCCUGGUUCUACCAGUGUGUUUACGGGGAUUAAUGAAAAAAAAUCUGGAAAAGGAAGAGUGAGUUGGAGCGCGGAUGUUUCAAAAUUAGCUGAAAAUCAUUUGGCCUUUGGACCGCUUGUUGAUGGCAUGAUUGUAAGUAGGCAUGCACUUGGAUCUUUAGUUCGUAACACUGUGAUAACUGCCCAUGAAGCAUGUAGAAAUCUAGCAGAUACUCAAAGUAGACCGUAA